AUGCAGCCAGCAUUCACAGUCCUCUUCAUGAUGCUCUUUGUCCUGUUCUGUGUCCUGGGACUCCUGGCCAAUGGCUUCAUUGUGCUGGUGCUGAGCAGAGAAUGGGUGCGUCGCGGGAGGCUGCUCCCCUCCGACAUGAUCCUCUUUAGCUUGGGCGUCUCCCGCUUUUGCCUGCAGUGGGUUGGGAUGGCGAACAACUUCUACUACUUCCACCAUCUGGCCGAGUACUGCACCAGUCCCACCCGGCAGUUCUUUGGUCUACCCUGGGACUUCCUGAACUCGGUCACCUUCUGGUUUGGCUCCUGGCUCAGUGUCCUCUUCUGCAUGAAGAUUGCUAACCUCAGCCACCCCACCUUCCUCUGGCUGAAGUGGAGGUUCCCAGGGUCAGUGCCCUGGCUCCUGCUGGGCUCUCUUUUCACCUCCCUCAUCGUCACCCUGCUGUACUUUUGGGGGAACCACGCUUUGUAUAAAGGUUUCUUUAUUAGAAAAUUUUCUGGGAACAUGACCUACAAUCAGUGGAACAGGAGGCUGGAAAUUUACUAUUUCUUACCCCUGAAACUGGUCACCCUUUCAAUUCCUUGCUCUGUUUUCCUGGUCUCGAUGGCUCUGUUGAUUGACUCUCUGAGGAGACACACGUGGAGGAUGCGGCACAAUGCCCACAGCUUGCAGGAUCCCAGCGCCCAGGCUCACACCAGAGCUCUGAAGUCACUCGUCUCCUUCCUCGUUCUUUAUGCCCUGUCCUUCAUGUCCCUGAUCAUCGAUGCUGCAGGGUUCUUCUCAGAGAAUGACUGGUACUGGCCAUGGCAAAUUUUAACCUACUUGUGCACAUCCAUCCAUCCCUUUAUCCUCAUCCUCAGCAACCUCAGGCUUCGAGGGGUGUUUGGGCAGCUAAUCUUGUUGGUCAGGGGCUUCCUGGUGGCCUAG